GUUUGCCGGCUUGCGCGUGCGCAGUCAGUCGAGCGCAUUCGAGCGCGCACCUUUGCUUUUAUAAUUUUAAAAAACUUAUUUGUUAAGUGAUUGUUUGAGUGAUACAUGGAUGUGACAGGGAAUUGUUCCAGCUACAGGAUGAAAUGAAGGGUAGACCCCCGUUACCGCCAAGAAAGAUCCCAGUGCUGUUGGGCAAAUUAUUCUUACGUUGGAUAUUCACGAAAGCAGACCUCGUAUUUUUCGUAUACCGGCUUUUUUGGUAUGCAUUUCAAUCCCGGUCACCAAUGAAUAGUAGCGUGGAUUUCUUUGAAAGUUUAAUAGACGAGGACGGUCGCUUUGCUGAACUGAAUUGUCAGGAACCUAGUCACCGUGACCAUCAGAACACUCGUAGUAGACCAUUGGUUCAAGCAGAAAAUAUUAACAAUGGUGGUGGAAUUUCGUUGUCCCCGCCGCAUACAGUAUCCCAACGAGAAACAGCAACACAGGUGUCACAAUGCUAUAGCGGACCGCCUUCUCCUUGCGGCUCUUCGAGCUCUGCGUCUUCACCCACAGUGUCACCAGCGCCGCCCCCCGGCACCGCCACACUUGACCCGAACUGGCAGGCCACCAAACCCACCGUUAGAGAGAGGAAUGCUGCUAUGUUUAACAACCAACUAAUGGCUGAUAUCACAUUUAUUGUUGGAAGUCCAGGUCACACACAGAUAAUCCCGGCACACAAAUAUGUAUUGGCUACAGGCAGCUCAGUAUUUUAUGCAAUGUUUUAUGGAGGACUAGCCGAGUGCAAGCCAGAAAUUGAAGUGCCCGAUGUUGAACCAUCAGCUUUCCUUACAUUAUUGAAAUAUUUAUAUUGUGAUGAAAUCCAAUUGGAAGCUGAUACAGUUCUCUCUACAUUGUAUGUAGCAAAGAAAUAUUUUGUCCCUCAUUUGGCUCGAGCUUGCGUUAACUAUUUGGAAACUAGCCUUACAGCAAAGAAUGCAUGCCUUCUGCUAAGUCAAUCUCGAUUUUUUGAAGAGCCAGAACUUAUGCAGAGGUGCUGGGAAGUAAUUGAUGCUCAGGCGGAGAUUGCCCUGACAUCUGAAGGGUUUGUUGAUAUUGAUGUCUCAACUCUGGAGUCGGUAUUAGCCAGAGAAACGCUAAACUCUAAAGAAAUUAACCUAUUUGAAGCUGCUUUGGCAUGGGCCCAGGCGGAAUGCGUGCGCCGGGAAAUAGAGACCACUCCAGCAAAUAAGCGAGCUAUGCUGGGCAGUGCCAUAUAUUUAAUUCGCUUCCCCACUAUGACAUUAGAGGAAUUUGCUAACAGUGCUGCACAACUGGGUAUCUUAACUCCACAAGAAACAAUUGACAUAUUUCUACAUUUCACUGCAGCUAAUAAGCCACAACUCUCAUAUCCCAUCAAACAAAGAGCUGGACUUAAAGCUCAGAUUUGCCAUAGAUUCCAGUCAUGUGCAUACCGCAGCAAUCAAUGGAGGUACCGUGGCCGCUGUGAUUCAAUACAAUUCUGUGUGGACAAGAGAAUUUUUGUUGUCGGAUUUGGACUAUAUGGAUCUUCGAAUGGUGCAGCAGAUUAUAAUGUUAAAAUUGAGUUGAAGCGUUUAGGCAGAGUACUAGCUGAAAACAAUACUAAAUUCUUCUCUGAUGGAUCAAGUAACACUUUCCAUGUUUACUUUGAAAAUCCAAUACAAAUUGAACCAGAAUGUUUCUAUACAGCAUCUGCGAUUCUUGAUGGCAGUGAACUAAGUUAUUUUGGGCAAGAAGGUCUAAGUGAAGUUUAUAUGGGGACAGUGACUUUUCAAUUCCAUUGUUCAUCGGAGAGUACUAAUGGAACGGGAGUACAAGGAGGACAAAUACCUGAACUCAUCUACUAUGGACCUACCAUGAAUACUUCCCUACCAAAUCCCAAUGCAAGUGAUGACUGACGAUUGAAUAGAAGACGAUAUCUCAAUUAUUACUCAGUAUAGUUAAGUAGGUUUACAUUUCAUCACGAUUCAAAGAGAAUAUUUGAAUAUUUAUAUUAUGCAUCAUUCCCAAAUGUUAAAUUAUUUUGUUGGAUAUUAAAAAUCUUGUGUAUAUUGUUGAUCUUGGAUAGCAAAUAAGUACCUAAAAAUGUGAUAUGGGUGUUGUAAUAGCUCUCUAUAAAUUCAUAGGUGUAAGGCAGCUACGUCAUAAUUCAUACAAAAUUUUCAUUGCAAUA